AGUCUGUCAAAUUCGGUGAGGAUACCACCAUAUCUUUAAGACUAACUUAUUGAGACAUUUUAGUUCGAAGAAUUCCAAUAUUCUUGUAUGCACAAGCCAGAUUUAUUUUGAAUAAUUCCCAGAUGUUCGAUAAUUAGGAAGAUCAUUUCAUAUCACUAUACCAGAUUCAGAGGCAGGCAAAAAAACCGAUGGCUUCUUCCAGAUUGUUUUUUUCUCUCUGUCUUCUGUUCGUGGAAGUUCUGGCUCUAGCUAAGGCACAGCAGCCAGUAGACCAGCCUAAGAUGUCAUAUCACGACUGUGUAGGAAAGGGCAACUACACCACGAACAGUACUUACCAGGCAAAUCUCAAUCAACUCCUCACCUCUAUCUACACCAACACUGAAAUAAACAAUGGCUUUUACAACUUUUCCAACGGCCAAGACGCGGACACAGUCUAUUCAAUUGCACUUUGUAGACCGGAUAUCAGUCCUGAUGCCUGCCGCAGUUGCAUAAGAAAUGCUAGUGAUUCCCUGGUAAGACUCUGUCCAAACUUCGUGGAGGCAAUUGGAGGGUUAGAUGAUUGUACGGUACGCUACACAAACCGCUCCAUAUUUAAUCGCAUGGAGAAAGGACCUUAUUUUUGGGUGUAUGAUGAUCGAGUUAAUGUCUCUGAUGUAGUCGGGUUCAAUCAGUCACGGAUGACCUUGUUAGAUAGGCUGAGAGAUGAAGCAGCAGCAGGGGAUUCUCGUUACAAGUAUGCAAUGGAUCAAAUAGCUGCCCCAGCCCCAAACUUUCAAACAAUAUAUGCACUUGUACAGUGUACUCCUGAUUUAUCUGCUUCGGAAUGCAGGGAUUGCCUGUAUAAUGCUUCAGGACUUAUUCCAAAGUGUUGUGAUGCAAGACAAGGAGGAAGAGUUAUUUAUCCAAGCUGUAAUUUUAGGUAUGAAAUAGACCGUUUCUAUGACCCUUCGAUUAAUUCAAUCCCGCCACCACCAGAUUCAACUUCGACUAAUACAGUUCCAUCACCACCAGCUUCAACUUCACAAGGAAAGAAGGGCAUGAAGAGAAAUGUCCUCAUCAUCAUUUCCAUGGUUCCGAUAGCUGUUUCUGUGAUUCUUAUAGUUUGCGUCUGCAUCUUCUUAAGAGCUAGGAGGAAGCAGAAGGGGGAAGAGGAAGAGGAAGAGGAAGAGGAAGCUAAAGAUUUAAAUGAAAUGGAAGAUGUAGAAUUGCUCCAACUUGAUUUUGGCACUGUCAGAGAAGCAACAGGUAACUUCUCUGAGGAUAAUAAACUUGGACAAGGAGGAUUUGGUGCCGUGUACAAGGGCACUCUGACGAGUGGACAAGAUAUAGCUGUAAAGAGAUUGUCUAGGACAUCAGGACAAGGAGAGAUAGAAUUCAAGAAUGAGGUCAUGUUAGUUGCCAAGCUUCAGCAUCGGAAUUUGGUUAGACUCCUGGGUUUCUGCUAUGAGAAAGAAGAAAGGAUUCUUGUCUAUGAGUUUCUCCCCAACUCGAGCCUCAACAACUUGAUAUUUGAUCCAGUCAAGCGUGUACUUCUAGAUUGGGAAACCCUCUACGAAAUCAUAGAUGGCAUUGCAAGGGGGCUUCUUUACCUACAUGAAGACUCUCGACUACGGAUUAUUCAUCGUGAUCUCAAAGCUGCUAACAUUCUGCUAGAUGAGAACAUGAAUCCAAAAAUCUCAGAUUUUGGAAUGGCAAGAAUGUUUGCUAUGGAUCAAGCUCAAGAUAGCACGAGUAGAGUAGUUGGGACCUUCGGGUAUAUGGCUCCAGAAUAUGUUAUCCGUGGACAUUUCUCAGUUAAAUCAGAUGUAUAUAGCUUUGGUGUCUUAGUUUUAGAAAUUGUUAGUGGUCGAAAGAUUGGUGGCAGGGGCAUAGGAGACGAAGGAGAGGACCUUCUAACCUAUUCAUGGAGAAAAUGGAAUGAUGGGACACCUUUAGACAUAAUAGAUCCUACCUUGAAUGAUGGUCCAAGAAAUGAAAUUAUGAGAUGCAUCAUCAUCGGAUUACUCUGUGUUCAGGAAAAAGAAGCCCUCAGACCAACUAUGGCUCAAGUUUCUAUGAUGCUUAGUAGCUACUCUGUCACUCUCGCAGCACCCUCAAAACCUGCAUUUUUUAUGCACAGAGAAGACUCGUUUCCGUCACCGGUGAAUGCUUCAAGGUUAAUUGAGUCGGAUGAAUCCAGAACUAGAUCUUCCCGGUGGUCUAACAAUGAGGUUUCCAUCACUGAGCUGGACCCUCGAUAACAUCCAAAGGUAGAGAGCAAGUUAAUAAGCAUGUUGGUGCUCCAACUUUGCUUCAAAUUAUUUGUUUUUUGAUGGAAGCAGAAGUUGUGGUUUCUUGUUGGACUUGAAGCAAAUGCUGUGGUGAAAUAAAUAGAUGAAAAAGAAUAAAAAAGAAGGACCACAUUAGAUUUCCUGAUUGUUCAA